AUGGGGAGUGGAUGCGCUAAACAAGGAGGUUGUCCUAGCGAUUACUUCGCCGUUGUCAUAGCUGUUAUCUGCUUCUUCGUGCUUUUAUCUCGAUCGGUGUUACCAUGUUUGAUACACAAGGCUCCUCGUACUAACAGUAGCAGUUUCUGGAUCCCUGUCAUUCAAGUCUUCUCCAGCUUCAACCUCCUCUUCUCCAUUGUGAUGUCAGUUAAUCUGCUUCAGUUCAAGUCGCAACAUUGGCAGCGCUAUUGCUAUCUUUGGGCAGUGUGGGUGGAAGGACCACUUGGAUUCGGUUUGCUCAUGAGCUGCCGUAUCACUCAGGCCUUUCAACUCUACUUCAUAUUCGUCAAGAAACGUCUACCACCUGUAAAGUCAUACGUCUUUCUCCCCCUUGUUUUGUUGCCAUGGAUCUUUGGAGCUGCAAUAAUCCAUGCAAGAAAGCCUCUCAGCAAUGAAUGCCACUUGGGUCUUCAAUGGACUUUCCCAGUUGCAGGCCUCCAUGCUCUUUACGUCCUUGCUUUAGUUGCAUUCACAAGAGCCGUCCGUCACGUGGAGUUUCGUUUUGACGAGCUUAAAGAUCUCUGGAAAGGGAUUCUCGUCUCAGCUCUUUCAGUUGUUAUAUGGGUGACAGCGUUUGUGUUGAAUGAGAUUCUCACAGAAAUCUCUUGGCUUCAAGUCGCUUCAAGAUUUGUGCUUCUAGUCACGGGUGGGGUUCUUGUGGUUGUCUUCUUCUCCAUCUCGAGCAACCAACCUCUUCUCUCGCAAAUCAGCCUUAAGAAGAAAGACAACUUUGAGUUUCAAAGAAUGAGUUUAGCUCUAGGGAUACCUGAUAGCGGUUUGUUGUUUCGAAAGGAGGAGUUUCGACCUGUUGAUCCUAAUGAGCCGCUUGAUAAGCUUCUUCUCAAUAAAAGAUUUCGCCAAUCUCUUAUGGAGUUUGCGGAUAGCUGCUACGCUGGAGAAACGUUGCAUUUCUAUGAGGAAGUGUAUGAACAUGGUAAAAUACCUGAAGGUGAUUCGAUAAGGAGAAUCUACAUGGCUCGACAUAUCAUGGAGAAGUUCAUCGUCGCAGGAGGGGAAAUGGAAGUGAACGUAUCACAUAGAACCAGGCAAGAGAUCUUAACCACUCAAGAUCUAACUCACCCUGAUCUCUUCAAGAACGCAUUAAACGAAGUGAUGCAAUUGAUCAAGAUGAACUUGUUGAGAGAUUACUGGUCAUCUAUCUACUUCAUCAAGUUCAAGGAAGAAGAAAGCUGCGAUAAGGAAGGAUGGAGUUUCUCUCCUCCAAGGAUAAGUUCAGUUCAAGGCUCUGAUGAUCCUUUCUAUCAAGAACAUUUGUCAAAGAGUCCCCCCACUUCCAGGUGCACUAGUCCCGGUUAA